UCAACACAACACGACACAUUUACUUGACACUUUAUUUUUAUAAUGGCCACUUUGCAACUACUCCCGCUAGAGCUUAUCGACAAAUGCAUCGGAUCGCGCAUCUGGGUUAUGAUGAAGUCGGAGAAGGAGUUUGUCGGAACACUGCUCGGAUUCGACGACUAUGUUAACAUGGUUCUUGAGGACGUCACCGAAUACGAGACUGUUGGCGAGUCAAAAAAGGUCAACUAUCUCCAGCAGAUUCUGCUCAACGGCAACAAUAUUUGCAUGCUGGUCCCGGGAGGAGAGGGCCCAGCCAUCCAAGCGUAAAUCAAUAAAAAAGUUCA